AUGUUAGGAAGGUUUUCACUCGCAACAGAGACCUUGUCCUCCAAUAUACCUGGAGAUGAUGUCUUCAAGAAGCGUAUGAAAAUUGCUUAUUACAAUCGAAAUAGGCAUGGACGCAUUCGAAGGGUGGGUUGUUAAGUUUGCAAAAUAUUGUAUUCAAAAUUUAGCAAAUCGUCGAAAGAUACGUUAGAAACGAUGCCCAUUGUGGGUUGAUGGCCUGCAAUUGCAAUGGGGGAACUUCUGAGACGAAGAAGAUUGACCCAGUUACCAAUCAAGUUCAGAACAAGGUUAUGAAUCUUCCACAUGUCGUUAUUGUUGAUUCUCAGGUGUUGUGGAAGUUCCUGGACAUCUUUGUUGAGGGUAAAAUUGAGUAAGUGUUUCAUCGUCUUUUUCUGUUUUGUGUUUAGGGAUUUUUUCAAGGGAGACGUGAAGGAGUUUGUUAAUCUUGAUAUCAGAGGGUCUAAAUUAAUGUUUUCGGGUUUUGAUGUUAGCCUGGCAUAAAAUCGGAUUGGUUUGAACGUUUUUUUGUUAACUAAAGACACCUUUCUUCUUUUGUGACGCGUUUCGGGAGCGGUUUCAUCUUAAUUCGUAUCGAAUUCAGCGAAUUUAUAUUCACCAUGCUAUUUAACGGAUGAAGUUGAGAAAAUAUUUUUGUAAAUUCUAAUGCAUAGUUUUUUACUUGUAAUUUUUGAUAUUUCCACACUCCUUGCUUACUUUGCUGUAAAAUUUCAGAAACGUUAUCAUCCCCUAUUCCGCCUGGCGAACAAUAAAACAACGGAAUCGGAAGGCCUUCGCUCAUCUUCAAGAUCUUUAUGGAACAGUCAACGACAACUAUUUCUUGUUCAAUAACGAGUUCUUCGUUGAAACGUUGCCAGAGGAGCCUUUGAGCCAGACUGAUGGGUAGGAUUUUUUUUAUCUUAUUUAUGGUUUCAAACUUUAGAGAAUCAAUUUUGAUCGCCAAGAUGGCCAACUAUUUAUUGGAGCACUGGAGAGGCCACAAGGUGGUCCCAGUCGUCCUUACAGCAGAUGAAACUGCUUUAGAUCAGAUCAAAGGGCUUUAUAGAUAUUCAACAACGUUUUUGAGUUAUGUUCGAGGUAGGUCAAGGACUAUGUGGUAAAAAUACGUUUACUUCCGUGUGUGCAAAGGGUAAUUAAGUGUCUUUAUUGUCAUGAUUGGACAUCUCACAGCGGCAUAUACAAUUUUCUUCGGGGUUUGACGGAAAUUUCGUCGCAUUUUGCUCUAUCUGAAGCGAUAAAUCGCCGAUUUCUUCGGAAUUUUGUAUAUAGCCGUUCUCCGAAACGUUACAACAGGGUACAUUGACCUCUUCAAUGUGGCCAUUUGACAUAUUCCGAGACAUUUGGUCAUUGUUUUCACCAUAGCAAGGUGUUGAACUUCCGGAAUCACUCGAAUUUGGCCAGCAGCACAUUGUUUUACACCACUCACAGCAGCUAAAAUUUCCUGAAACUUCAUGCGCAGCGCAGCCGGGAAGACACGAACAGUCACAUUUUGCAUUCUGUCCCUCAGGGCAUAGUUGACUGGCGCAGCAACAGAUCAAACACUUGUUUUGAGUUGAUGUUUCCUCCUCAUGGAUAAUAUAAUCGGUAUUCCGAGUGAACACAUCCAACGUGUAGAGCAGGUUGAUCUUGGCGAAACAUAGAGGAAUCGCACAAACAAUGAGCAAUGGAAGCAGUAGUAGACAGAUUAUGCUAGUUAUUGGGCGGAAGCAUGUCUUACAAGUUGAUCUGCACCUCGACGAACAAGAUUUUUUGCCUCUGGAGCGGAGAAUAGGCUCGGAGCGUUCGAAAAACUCCUUGAAUUGGAUGUAGAAUAGAGUGAUCUUGUCGUUACGAUUGUUGGGUUGAGAGUUGAGGGCAGUGGAGAGGUGUAAAGACUCGUUUAUUAUGGAUAACACCUUCUGAAAUAUAAUUUUUUAUUUUUUCUGAUUUUUGUAUAAAAUUUUCACCUUUAUUUGAUCGCAUCUCGCUCCGAUUUCUUCCUCGGUCAAUCCUUUGCGCUUUUUGAUCAAGUCGAACUCCUUGACACACCAAUCUAACAUUAUUUGAACUUCUACGUUGUCUCGAGCCAGGCUGACUUUAAAUUUGUCUGGAGAAAGUUUCUCCCCUUUCCGUUGCAACCGCUGGUUGCGUAGGUCAAUCUCAACUGGCUCAUGAUUGAGAAUUAAAGGCCUCCGACGUCUUGUAUUAAUAAGGAAACGAAAGAAUCUGAAUGGUUAUAUCGUGUAGUGACGGAUCUGAUCCAGUGGCAAAAAACGUACCAUUUUGCAUCCAGGAAGUAUCAAAAAAUGUAGCAAAAUACCUCCCUCUCCAAGUGAAAAAAACUCCGCUUCGAAAAGCGCGCAUUUUCCUUCAGCGAAGGGAAGGGUUUUGAGACAUUUUGGUCCCUUCCGGGAUGCAUAAUGGGACGUUUUUUGCCAUUGGAUCCGGUCCCUCACUGUAAUAUAUUGACGGACCUGAUCCAGUGGCAAAGAACGUACCAUUUUGCAUCCAGGAAGUAUCAAAAAAUGUAGCAAAAUACCUCCUUCUCCAAGAGAAAAAAGUUAGUUUUGAAAGGCGCGCUUUUCGCUCACAGCGCUUUUGAAAUCGGAGUUUUUCACUUGGAGAGGGAGGUAUUUUGCCACAUUUUUUGAUACUUCCCGAAUGCAAAAUGGUACGUUUUUUUUGCCACUGAAUCAGGUCCCUCACUGUAAUAGUAGCGGUAUUCUGGUUGAAUAUUCAAGAACUUACUGGCUAAUUCUCCUCCAUAGACCUUGAAAUGGCGUGAGAAGCGCUGAUAAUCCUUCGGUGAUGCUAGAAAUUAGAAAAAUAGGGUUAAAAUACGAUGGUUUCUUUGAAAAGUUUCAAAAUUUACCGUUUUUUGAUGGACUUUCGAAGCGAUGAGGUAUUUUCCGGCUGCGACGUGAUCGUUGUUUCACAUAUAGUAAUCGUUGAUGCAUCUUUCAUAAUGAUAGAGCAAAAUUUUUACAAGAUUUUUAUAUUAUACAUGGUGGAUGUGGGAAUUUUUGGAAUUUUGUAUGGCUUUGAUGUGGUAUUCUUUGUCUGAUCGUUGAAUUAGCUGGCAUAGAGAGUAUCUUGCCGAUUGGUUUUUGUGAAAUGAUUGGAUCGACAGUCUGAAAUUAUUUCCAAAUUUUUUUUUAUUCUAGGCUUUCCCAAGUCCGAUGACAAAAAACUUCUCGUUCAACGAGUCAAAGAGCUCGGAAAGGUGGAGGAAAAAGGCGGCAAGAACCCGCAUUAUCCCUACUACAUGACCGAAAGAGAGCUGGACACCGCCGUCCGCGAGGGAACCGUCCGCGUCGGCAAAUUCAUGGUGACCAUGGAGAACAGACAAGAAGCUUACGUCCAAGUCAAUGAUACCCUCAAAGUUCUGGUUCAUGGAGUACUGAACAUGAACCGAGCCAUCACCGGCGACUCGGUGGCGGUCUAUAUCUUCCCGGAGAGCAAGUGGCGGGCACCGGAGGGACGUUUCAGAACGCAGGAGGUGGAGGAAGAAAAGAAGGAGGAAUUUCUGGAAGAAGAGGAUGAAGAAAAGAAGAACAAGAAGAAAGAGAAUGCUGUCCCUACUGGAAGAGUGGUUAGCAUUGUGAAAAGACAGUUGAAACAUUACUGCGGAAUUUUGGAACCUCCGAAUGUGAAAAGUAAGGAUUUUUAGGGGAAAUUUGAGAUUUUUAGAAAGUUUGAAGUCAAAAAAGAUGUUUUUAAUAUUGAGACUUGAUUUAAAUUGGGAUUUAGAAUGUAAGCUAGUAGAUUUUGAGUAGAUUGCCUCGGGGGAUUUAGAGAAAAAGGGUCAAAAAUUGAAAAAAAUUGGUGUAAAUGAUCAUUUUUGAGGGGAAUUGGCUAAAAUUGCCGUUUUUGUAAGAUUUUGCUAUUUUAAUGAGCCCUUUUUGACCUGAAUUUGAAGGAGAGUGUAGUAGAAGUAUUGCAAAUACUUUUAGAUGGAAGUCGCUGUAUUUUCCGCCCCGCCGAUCGCCGCCUUCCAUCAGUUAUCAUCGACACCCGCGCCUACGAAAUGGCCAUCGGAAAGAAGGUCCUGGCGUCGAUCGUGAGAUGGCCCGCGGACUCGUGGCUCCCUCAAGGAUCCCUGGUCCGCGUUAUUGGACAAGUCGGAGACAAGGACGCGGAAAAUGAAGUCAUUCUUCUCGAGCAUGACGUCCGAUUCCGCGAUUUCACCGAAGAAGAGCGCGCCGAACUCCCAAGAGCGGACUGGAAACCCGCCUCACCCCUUGAACCCUACCGCAGAGACCUCACUUACCUGGACAUUUGCUCGGUGGACCCGGUGGGAUGCACGGACAUUGAUGAUGCCCUUCAUUUCCGGGAGCUGUCGAAGGGACGCUACGAAGUUGGUGUCCACAUCGCUGAUGUCAGUCAUUUUGUUCGAGCUGGAUCUCCCCUGGACCUGGAGGCGUCGAGACGGUGCACUACGGUAGGUUUUUUUUCAUCGGCCAAAAGUUCUUGCGCUUCGGUGACCUGGCCUUCCAAGGAGCUGAUCCUGGGUUGCUGGGAGUUCACGAGUUGCUCGAACUCUUCUCGCUGGCGCUGGGCGACAUCGAACUCGGGUUGGGUCUAAAAUAAGGGCAAUAAAAAAUAAUUUUUUAAUUCGAAAACCACCAAUCAUACUAGAGUUCUUUCUACAAUGGGGGAUAUGAUCCAGUGGCAAAAAACGUACCAUUUUGCAUCCAGGAAGUAUCAAAAAUGUAGCAAAAUACCUCCCUCUCCAAGUGAAAAAAUCCGAUUUCAAAAGCGCCCUCUCUUUUUGUGAAGAGGGGGCCUUCAAAAAGAAGUUUUUUCACUUGGAGAGGGAUGCAUUUUGCUACAUUUUUGAUACUUCUCGGAUGCAAAAUGAUAAAUGUUUUGCCACUGGAUCAGGUCCGUCACUGUAGACCAUUUUUGAAGGUCUUUUUUUCAGCGAUAUUAUCCAUAACCAUCAACUUUUUUUAGGUCUACCUUUGUGGAAGGAGAAUUGAUAUGUUGCCGGAAAGAUUGUCCUCUCAUUUAUGCUCCCUGAGAGAACAUGAAUUAAGGUAUGCAUUCUCGGUGAUCUGGGAGCUGGAUGAAAACGCGGACAUCCAAAGAGUUGAGUUUACAAAAUCCCUGAUCAAGUCCAGAAGAGCUUUCACAUACGAGCAGGCACAACAAUUGGUUGAUAAAAAAGAUGAUGUAAGUGCUGAAUAAUGUGGUCCCUUUAUGAUAAGGAAAAACUUGCCAAAUUUUGCAAAAAGAAUUGUACCAGAUGUCUAGUGUAAUAUAAUUUUUGUAAUUUUUAGCUGUAUUUUUUCAUUUUUCAGCAAUCUGUCCUUGCCCUAUCACUCCGAGGCCUCAUGAAGCUCUCGAAAAUCAUGCGUGAACGUCGUAGAAAUCGAGGAUCCCUCACUUUGGCCUCGAUGGAAAUUCGCUUCGAUUUUGAUGAGAAAACGGGAAAUCCAAUCGGGGUUUCGCAGAAGCAAUCCCUAGAUACAAUGUCGAUGGUGGAGGAAUUCAUGUUGUUGGCGAAUGUGUCGGUUGCCGAGCGGGUUCUCCAUGAAUUCCCGGGAGCAGCGAUGCUCCGAAGACAUCCAGUCCCGAAUCAAGAAGCAUUCAAGCCAUUGUUGGAAGCGGCUGCGGAAAUGGGCCUUGAAAUUAAGGUGGGAAUGGAGUGUUGGGUGGAAUAGAGGAGCUAGGGGAAUUGGGAAGGGGUUGAAGAGGUUUUGGAUGGGCGUUUUUGAGGUUUAUAUAUUGUUUUACACAGAAUUUCCAAAAAUUUGAAGAUUUUUUGCGAAAAAGAUGUAAAAAUCGAUUGUUUUGUGAUUUUUGAGUGCUAGAAAGGACAUCUCAGGGUGUGUAGAGACAUUUACAAAGCUUUUUUCAGACCGACAACAACAAAGUUCUCGCAGAAUCCCUGGAUAAAGCCGUGGAUCCGAAGAAUCCGAAGGCAAAUCAAAUGCUUCGCAUGAUGGCUACGAGAUGUAUGACUCAAGCCCUCUAUUUCCCCGCAGGAACAAUCCCAGCCGAUCAGUACCGCCAUUACGGACUUGCCAUCCCAAUAUACACGCAUUUCACGUCGCCAAUUCGAAGAUAUGCGGAUGUUGUAGUACAUAGACAACUUGCAACUUUAUUGGGAGUUUUCAAAAACACGGACAUGCCGAAAAUGUUCAGCAGGUCGGCAUUGGUCUUCUUGUCCGAUGAAAUGAACAGAAAGUGAGUUUUAGGGAGGAUUUUUUGGGUUACGGUAGUUUUCGUGGUGGGACCAAAAUUGAUGAUGGAUGUUUUGGUCUUUGAAGGAGAUGGCGGUGAAUGAGGAUAAAUGAAGAUUGAGCCUUGUUCUUUCAGGAAUCGUCUCGCUCAACGCGCCAAUCGCGCCAGUGUUGUACUAAACACCCAAUUCUUGUUGAACAACAAACCAGCCGAAGAUGAUGGAUUUGUAACUCAACUCAAGGAGAAUGGUGUCUUGGUAUGUUUGUUAGCCCAUAAGGGAUAUUAGACAAAAUGAUAUGUUGACGGAAUUGAAAUUUUUAGGAUUUUUUGAUAAUUUUUUUGACCUGACCUCUCAUGGAUAAUAUAAUUUUUUAAAGUUUAUCCCGAUUUUUAGGUUGUGGUGCCGAAGUAUGGAGUGGACUCGGUUGUGGAGUUCCCACCAGGCUGCAACGUCAAGCUGGCGCUCUUCCAGAAGGUGAAAGUUCGUCUGUCGGUGGAAGAAACGAAUCAGCGACGAUUUUUGAGAAUGCAAAUCAUUGAUCCCGAUCUUGCCGAAGGGGCUGGAGAUGCGGAACCAACAGAAAGUUUUAUUUAA